GCAUGGUUUAAGCUGCAUGGCUAGCUAUAAUCCUUGCCAAAGCCGUUCCGACUCUAGGAGGAGCUUGCGUGCUGUACAGUCGGAAUUACAUAUAAGUAUAGCUAUGCUGCCAAAUACUGGAGACCUCGUCGUGCUGUGAGGCAAGAGGAAAAGAGACUAGGAGAAUAGAGCAACAGCAAGCUUCUCUCAGUUUCAGGCAUCUAUAGCCGACAAUGCAGUUGCAUUCUCUUGCGUUGGCCUCUCUUCUAGCGUCUAGUCAGGCCCUGGACACCGUCCAAUAUGGCGCAUUCUUAGCUACAGCCACCUAUUCCGUGGCCAACCAGCUGGGCUUCUUCACUGAGAAUGGCCUCAAUGUUAUUUACAAUCAGGUCGCCAAUAGCUCGGCUGCUUUUGCGUCCAUCCUCAACGGCGAAUACGACAUUCUGACCGCAACGGUUGACAAUGCGCUCAACUACCGCUUCAACCAGAACCAGAACGUCACGGUGAUAGGCCAAUUGGAUCAGGGCCCGGAUCUUGUCCUCGCGUCAAUUCCUUCCAUCACCAGCGUCGAGCAGCUCAAGGGCAAGUCCAUUAUUGUCGAUUCGCCCGUCAGCGGCUAUGCGUAUCUGCUCCAGGAUGUUCUGGCAGCCAAUGGAUUGUCGCUUGCUAACAAUGACUAUUACUUUAUGACUGUCGGUGGAACUCCCCAGAGAUACUCGGCUCUAGUCAACGAAGUCCUUCCCAACGGCACCGCUGUGUAUGCCACGAUCCUCACGUAUCCUUUCACCGUUGAAAGUGAAGCUCUACCAAGCGGAGAAGCUCCUAACAUCCUCGCUCGUAUAUCUGAUGUCGUCGCUCCCGUCACCUCGAGCGCCUUCACCAUUCGCGAGUCCUCGUUGAGCAGCACGGUCGAAACCGCCAUCUUGACCAGAUUCAUGGCCUCCAUGCAUGCUGCUAACAAGUUCUUGCUGAAUCCCAAGAACAAAGCGUGCUCCAUCCAGGCGCUUGCCAAGCAAUUGGGUGUCUCACAGGCGGUUGCCAUAGAGGAAUAUGCCUCUGCAACCAACCCAGUGUCUGGAGAGAUUUCUCCGCCACUCAACGACUUUACCGUCAACCAGACUGGCAUCAUGAACGACGUCAAUAUUAGGAACAAAUUUGGCGGCUUCAAAGUUCCAUCAGACUUCAACUUUACUGCAGCUUUGGUUCCGGGCACUGGCAAGCUCAUCGAUUAUUCUGUCAAGGCUGCUGCCAUCGCCGAGUACUACAAGCACCCUUUAAACGGCAACUGCACCACUCCUUGCUAGCAAUAAACUGGGAAACCGAAGGUCGCUUGAUUCACUCGUAUGUUAAUAUUUUCAUUAUAUAGAGAAAUUAUACAGUUACACAAGGACAAGUAACGUUUCGCCCAAACAUCUACU